AUGGAAAGUCCAGAAAGAAAAAGACAGAAAGUUUUAAAGGCCAAAAAAACAAUGCCUGCAAGUUGCCGGAAGCAGUUGGAGAUCCUGAACAUGUCAAAGAAUCUUGAAGCUUCAAAAUCAACAGUUGGAACUGUUGAAAAUGGCCAUAAUCAAAAGAAGAUGUUUUCAGAAAACAAAGAAAAUGUUAAGCUCAUAAAAGCUUCAGAUCAAAUUAAAGAAAAUGGUUGUGUAGCUCUGGAAAGGCAUACAGCACUACUAGAACAGGUUAAACAUUGGAUUCGACAGGAAAUCUACACGAUAAAUUGUAACCUAUUUGAUAAAAAACUGAAUGAACUUAAUGAACGCAUUGGGAAGACCCAGUGCAAGCAUAAGCAUGAAGCAAUAGCUGGUGAGCUCGUUGUGAAAAUCAGAAGGCUUCAAAGACGUAUUAAAAAAGUAUUAUCAUCUCAAGAAAAUUGUUUGGAACCAAACACAUUACCCAAUAAUACAGUCUGUAAGAUUACAGAUUCAGAGACCAUGAAUUGGAGUGUUAAAAGCCUAAGUAAAAGAACACCUUCUGUGAACCCUGAUCCUUGUAACUCUUCAGAAAAAGCAACUAGAAGGGUUAAUUUAUCUUCAGCUUGUGUCCAGUUUGUUUCUGAAAGUAACACUGAUGAUGUUAUGUUAAUUUCUGUGGAAAAACCCAAUUUGGCAACUCCAAUUACAUCAGUUUCAACAGAAUUUGGAAAAAACAGAUCAAAGAAAUUGAGCAACUCAUCUAAUACCAUAAUUGAAGUUGGGGCUGAAGAGAAGAAACCUGAUUUUGUUAUUGACUUGACAAGAGAUGGCCUGUCCAGCAACAGCAUAGAAAGCCCAGCAUUCACCCUGAAGUCAUCUUCGAAAGCUGUUUUAAGAUCAAACGAAAUAAUCCCAGUGGCAGAAAAUGGAGAUGAGGGUUUUGAUUCAUUUGAACACCUGCCACCUCUCCCAGAGCCGUCACCACCACUCUCUGAGAUGGCAGACAAAAUCCAAGACACUCUUCCUCCCCAAAAGCCUGAGCUGAGAGUGAAGCGGGUGUUGAAGCCCCCAGGCAUUGCCCUGGCAUGGAACGUCCCCAAGGUCAACCCCAAGUGUGCUCCGGUGGAGAGCUACCACCUCUUCCUGUGCUACGAGAACUCCAAUCAUUUGACUUGGAGGAAAAUUGCAGAAAUUCAAGCUUUACCGCUCCCAAUGGCCUGCACUGUAUCUCAGUUUUUAGCUUCCAACAGAUACUAUUUUACUCUUCAAUCAAAAGACAUUUUUGGGCGAUAUGGACCAUUUUGUAAUAUAAAGUCUCUUCCUGGGUUUUCUGAAAACCUCACCUAA